AUGUACGGCCUCCGCAAGUUCCUCUUCGUCGACCCGGACCUCGGCAUGAGGAUCCGAUUCCAGAAGGAGUACGUCGCCAAGAUCCAGGACUUCUUCCGCACUCUUACAUGGUGGAUAGUGCCAUGCUUUGUUGUGAAGGUCACCCGGGAAUUCUUCCGCUUCUCCCACAUCUUCCAGGAGUCAAUUUGGAGAGCCUGCGUUGUAUUUUUUGCUUCCAUCAUGUCAUGGAUGUAUUUGACAACAAUCAUAUUGUCGUCCUGCAUGCUCUUCAACUUGGUCUGCAAUCUGCAAGUUAUCCACUUCGAUGACUAUGGCAAGCUUCUGGAGCAAGACGCGGAUCCUCUGGUCUAUUUGAAAGAGCACCUGCAGCUCCGCCACAAUCUCUCCAAAAUCAGUCACAGGUUCCGCAUGUUCCUCUUGCUGCUCUUCCUUUCUGUUACAGCAAGCCAGUUUGCCAUUCUUCUCAAGACGACAGCUUACAGCGGGCCAAUCAAUUUCACCAAUGGAGGUGACAUUGCUGUGUCUUCAGUUGUUCAAGUUGUCGGUCUUGUCCUCUGUUUGCACGCUGCUGCUAAGAUCUCCCACAGAGCUCAAAACAUUGCUUCAUUGGCUAGUCGAUGGCAUGCGUUAGCAACAUGCUCUACCGAUUCCACUUACGUGAACACCCCAAACAGUUCUGGGAACCUUGUGCCCUUUCCUGCGCAUCUGUUUCUGAGAGAUUUCUCGGAAAGUGAUCUGGAGUCCCUGGACAGUGGGUCGCUUCAUGGCAGUUCUCACGGCACAGCUCAGUUGGCUUCGUACAUGUCUUCAUACCACAAGAGGGAAUCACUUGUGUUGUACCUGCUGGCCAACCCAGGCGGCAUCACGAUAUUUGGCUGGAUCGUCGACCGAGCAUUCCUAAACACCAUCCUGAUGCUCGAGUUAACUCUUGUGCUCUUCGUGCUUAGCAAGACCGUUGUGAUCCCGGCCAAGACACUGGUACACAGCUACAUCGGGUUCCCGUGA